AUGCCGCGCGGCAAUCUUUUGGGUUCGCUUAUUCACCGCAAGACGCGCAGUGUCUCAAAAGGACGAAGCGCUAGCGACCAGCCCUCCAACAGCGACCGGAGCGAUGUGACGGACAAGUCCGAUCUCCGCGAGGUCGAAAAAGAGCGCAAGGCGGAGGAGCAGCGCGAGUUCGAGCGCCAGGUCCAGCUGCGACGCCGCCUUUCGGAGGAGCGUGCCGCGCAGAUCGAGACGCCCGAGCAGCGUGCGCGCUACGGACGCCACGGUGUGUACAGCGUCGAGGAACAGCCGCUCGACGCGCUCUUUGACCUCGCGCAGGCGAACGAGGCGGUGAAGGAGGACCCCGCGAUGCUCGCGGACCUCGCGGGGGAGUCCCGCCGCUUCCGCGCGCGCGUGCACGUCGUGCGCCCGCUGGGUCCCCACCUCGUCUUUAUGGUGAUCCGCGAGCGCACCAUCACCCUGCAGACGGUGCUGUCGGAGAAGGCGGGCGACUUGACCGCGCAUAUGAUGCACUGGGCCAAGCGCCUCCCGACCGAGUCGCUAGUGACCGUGCAGGGUGUGCUACAAAAGCCGCGCGAUGUCAUCCACGGCUGCUCCAUCACGCACAUGGAGCUCAAAGUGACGCAUCUCUACCUUGUUUCGCCGAACAAUGAGCAGCUGCCCUUCAGCGUGUACGCCGCUGAGCGUGCCGCGAACCAUGCGCUCGAAGAGCACCACGACCUGGAGGACACGGGCAGCAACACCGAUCACUCGGGCAGCGACGCGCACAGCACCGACCACACCCCGAUCAUUUCGCAGCGCACACGCCUGAACAACCGCCUGAUUGAUCUGCGCACGCCGACCUCGCAGGCCAUCUUCCGCGUGCAGUCGGCAGUGUGCACGGCCUUCCGCCAGUACCUCAUGAGCCAGAGCUUUAUCGAGAUUCAUACACCCAAGCUCCAGGGCGGCGCGUCGGAGAGCGGCGCGAGCGUCUUCCAGGUCGGCUACUUUGGGCGCUCGGCGUUCCUUGCGCAGAGUCCGCAGCUGUACAAGCAGAUGUGCAUUGCGGCGGACAUGAAGCGCGUGUUUGAGAUUGGGCCCGUGUUCCGCGCAGAGAACAGCAACACGCCCCGCCAUAUGACCGAGUACACCGGCCUGGACCUGGAGAUGGAGGUGAACCACUACUACGACGCGGUGCGCGUCAUUGACGGCAUGCUCAAGCACAUCUUUGGCGUGCUGAAGUACGAGUGCCACGACAUGGUCCAGCAGGUGCAGCAGCUCUUUCCUGCGGCCGAGCUCGAGUGGCUGGACGAGACGCUCGUGCUUCCGUUCCCGGAAGGCAUCCGCAUGCUCAAGCAGGACGGCUACCGGGAGGAGGACGGGAGCGAGCCGAACGAGUUUGAAGACCUGCACACGCGCGCCGAGAUCCGCCUCGGUGCGCUGGUCAAGGAGCAGUUUGGUACCGACUACUAUAUUCUGGACAAGUUCCCGACGGCCGCUCGUCCGUUCUACGCGCUGCCCGACGAAAAAGACCCGCGGCGCACCAACUCGUUUGAUAUCUUUGUGCGUGGCCAAGAGAUUUGUACGGGUGGCCAGCGCAUCCACGACGCCGAGAUGCUCGAGGAGCGCAUCAAGGAGAUGGGCAUCGACACGCACGGCCUCGAAGAGUACCUCGAGGGCUUCCGCCUCGGUGCGCCGCCCCACGCCGGCUGCGGUAUCGGUCUGGAGCGCUUCGUGAUGCUCUACCUCAACCUCGACGACAUUCGCCUCGCCUCGCUCUUUUACCGCGACCCGAAGAGCUUUGCGGUCAAGCGCCGCCAGGAGCUGCGCCACCCCGAAGCGAGCACGAACCCUCCUCCGUGGCGCCAGCGCGCCGAGCACAGCUCGUACGUCUCGCCCGCGUCGCCGUUGACGUCCGCGAUGCCCACGCUGCAGCCCCUCGAGAAGCUGAUUGCCAACUACGGCGACUCGUCCAACACCUCGUGGCUCGACGACCGAUUCACGAUCUGGCGCGACGACGACACCGGCGCGGCGAUCGGCUACUCGACGCGCCGCCACUAUGCCUUUAUCGUCGGCAACCCAUUGUGCGAUGCGUCGCAGUACUCGCGCGUGAUUACGCGCUUUUUGCACUUUGUCAAGGCGCAGUUCCUCAAACCCGUGUGGCUCAUGGCCAGCGAGCCGGUCGAGCAGAUUCUCGGCGGCCGCCACGGCUGGUGCACGCUCACCUGCACCGCCGACCAGCGCGUGAAGGACGUGCGGAAGAACGCCGCGCGCCACGAUCCCGAGAUCCAGCGCAAGGUGCGCCACGCCGCCAAGGUCGGCGUCACGAUCCAGGACGUGCCGCUGAACCAGGGCGUGCCGCGGGAGCUGCAGCACGAGUGCGACCAGCGCAUCGAGCUCUGGCAUGCGAACCGCAAGGGCGCGCAGGUCCACCUCACCGAGGUCAAGCCGUGGGUCGACCAGCUGCACCGCAGCUACUUUAUCGCGCGCGACGCGGACAAGACCAUCUGCUGCCUCGUGGUCCUUGCGCAGCUCUCGCCGGAAGCCGGCUACCAGGUCAAGUGGGCGAUGAGCUUCCCCGACGCGCCGUCCGGCGCGAUCGAGAUGACCAUCCUGCACGCGCUCGAGACGGUCAGCACGUCGUCCGUGACCUUUGGCACGGCCGCGACGGCGCGCCUCACCGCCGUGUACGGUUUGAGCGGCAUCGCGUUCAAGGUCUUGUCGCGUGUCUACCACAACGUCGUCGAGCGCACGCACCUCCUGAACAAGGGCGAGUUCCGCGAGAAGCUUGGCACGCAGAACGACCCGACGUACAUCUGCUACCCCAAGGGCGGUCUCUCGAUGCUCGGCGUGCGCGAUAUUAUAGACUUUUUCCGCGACAGCCCCGCAUCGUAG